UAAGCUCUUCUUUGAGUAAGACUUUUUUUUUCUUCUAGUAGACUUAAACAUUACAAGGUUUUAAAAACCUGACUUAAGAAUUUUUAUUUUCGCAAAAACUAGUGCAUCAGUAAGUACCAGGAGAUGUGUCUCUAAUCAUCACACAUGUGAUCCAAUAUCUGUUCACAGUAUACCCUAAGUUAGCCAACAUUUUAGUCUGUAGGACUUAUUUACACCCUUAAACAAUUAUUGAGGGUCUCAAAAAUCCUUUGGGGGGACAUAUCAGUAUUUACCACAUUAGAAUAAACAAUUUUUAGUUUUCAGUUAAUUUAGAACUAGAAAUAACAUGUCUAUUGGUAACAUGGAUGCAUUUUCAAUGAAAAAUAACUUUUCUAAAGCAAAAUAAGAAUUAGAGUGGCAUUGUUUACAUAUUAGCAACCUGUUUAAUUGUAUGUCUUCAUAGGAGAUGAUUGUACUCGCUUAUACCUGCAUCUUAUACCGGCAUUCUCUUAUUGUGACUAGAGCCCAGAAAGUUACCUGCACUUGUAAAAAUACAGUUAGAAGGCUAAAAAACAAUUGCUAUAAAAAUAGUUUUAACCUCUUGUUCCCUACCACACAAAGUCUUAGGAACCCGUUGGGUUCCUAAAUUGCUCUUGUAAGCUAGCCACACUAUUUGUGGGAGAGAGGGGCAAAGGUCAUGUUUCCAUGUGAUUCUUUUCAUCUAUCUCAUUUGCCAUGGCCUACAUUUGUUAUAAUACUUGAAGGCCAACAGGUAAGUUAUGUUAGUACUGGCUCCCAGGAUGGCCCCAGACAAGCAGCAAGAAAGGAUAGGUGGGGCAGGGCAGGACAGGGAGUUGGAUGAAGGGCUGGGAACAGUGUUUUCUGACCUUGUUUCUGUUAUCGAGGGGCUCAGGCACAAGGUGAGGAGGACAGUAUGUUGGAAAAACAGCUACAUUUUUCCCUCUUGGUACCUGGGUGAAUAAUUCUUGUUCAUCAAUUAAGUAGACUCUGUAUUUUGUGUUUAUUUACACUAUAUACACAUACAUUGAUCUGGAACUAUUUAUUCUAUAAUAAUGUGGCUUUACUCCCAUUCUUUUAUAGCCAUGCCCCUUUAUUUGUAAUAAUAUGUAUUAUAUAAGGGAAAGGAGAGAAAAUGUCUUCAUGUAAUAGCGACUAAAAAAAUAACAGAUCUUUUCUAUUUGGGGAUUAUUAACUGUAUAAUUUGCCAGUACUUACUGCACCUGUUGGGAGACAGUGUACUGUAAGCAGAGUAAAAGUUGCAGGGGUUACUGAGAAACUCUUUACAUCUUUCACAUUUUUUUUCUUGCCAAAAGUAGUGUUUAUCUCUGAAUUCCACUCUAUUUUUCUUGUGCAGAGGUAACUGUUUUUUAGUAUUCAUAUAGGAUUAUAUGUUAUAAUUGAUCUGAUGAGUUAUACCAAAUAGUUGAUCCCAAAUCCUUAAAACUACUUUUUAACCUUUGUUUUCCCCACAGGUAACUUAAAGAUAAAAAUGUCAUCAAAUAUUAUCUUUAUUUGCCUCAUUGCCUAGGUUUUUCUUUCCCCACAAUUCGGUUUUGACACCAGACUCCUAUUUUGUUGCCUAUCAUGAAAGAACUGUUCCGAUGGCUUUAAAACAGAAUUCUGCAACUGUUGGCUCCAACAAAGAUGCUCUUAGGCUACCUACUUGCAACUUUUAAUAUCCAGUCAACCAGGAAUACUGCAAGGGUAGAUGUGGGGAUAGCUGUCAGCAAGCUUAUGCAGGUGUGUCCACAGGGUAUAGAGCGCUGUGCAGACACUCAUCCUUAGUGAAGUCACAAUACAUUCCUUUGAGAGCCAUUAGCUGCUACAAAACAGCAAUCUGGCUGUUUGAUCAAACACGCUGGAUGAAUAUAGGAUGAAGGAACUGGUUUCCCUGUAUUUUUAUGAAGUGUUGAUGAGGUGAGUUGUAAAUAAGUAUAGCUUACUCCUUUGUACAUCUGCAGUCACUGUAUUUCAGAAUACCUUAGAGUUUUAUAUAAAAAGGUGAGUAUUAAAAUAUUGAUAAGAGUGUUUGAUAAUCUUGUGUGAGACAUGUUCUAAUUUAGUUACAUUUUUAUUAUUUUUAUUAUAAGGCCUGCUGAAAAUGACUGAGUAUAAACUUGUGGUAGUUGGAGCUGGUGGCGUAGGCAAGAGUGCCUUGACGAUACAGCUAAUUCAGAAUCACUUUGUGGAUGAAUAUGAUCCUACGAUAGAGGAUUCCUACAGGAAACAAGUAGUAAUUGAUGGAGAAACCUGUCUCUUGGAUAUUCUCGACACAGCAGGUCAAGAGGAGUACAGUGCAAUGAGGGACCAGUACAUGAGGACUGGGGAGGGCUUUCUUUGUGUAUUUGCCAUAAAUAAUACUAAAUCAUUUGAAGAUAUUCACCAUUAUAGAGAACAAAUUAAAAGAGUAAAAGACUCUGAAGAUGUGCCUAUGGUCCUAGUGGGGAAUAAAUGUGAUUUGCCUUCUAGAACAGUAGACACAAAACAGGCUCAGGACUUAGCAAGAAGUUAUGGGAUUCCAUUUAUUGAAACCUCAGCAAAGACAAGACAGAGAGUGGAGGAUGCUUUUUAUACAUUGGUGAGAGAGAUCCGACAGUACAGAUUGAAAAAAAUCAGCAAAGAAGAAAAGACUCCUGGCUGUGUGAAAAUUAAAAAAUGCAUUAUAAUGUAAUCUGGGUGUUGAUGAUGCCUUCUAUACAUUAGUCCGAGAAAUUCGAAAACAUAAAGAAAAGAUGAGCAAAGAUGGUAAAAA